AUGAAAGAGCAGUGGGAGAUACAUUACUCGCGGUUUUUCAAUUUCCCUGGUCUCCCAUCUACUUGUCUCAGCCUCAAGCCUCUUCCUUCCAGGAAGCUUCGCUCCAUUGGCAACUGGGUCUCUUCUCCUUCAUUGGCUUCUCUGCAACUCAUCACCAACCCCAAUGCUCAUGGGACUGUUCUUGUUGUCUCUUUUCAAGGAAAAAUCCAUGAAGAACAUUACGCAUCCAAGCUGCAUUUCACUUGGCCUCAAGUAUCGUGUCUAGCAGAAUGUCCCGUUAGAGGUAGCAAGGUUGUCUUUGCAAGUUACAAAGAUCGUGAGGGCCAGGAGAGCUUGAAGGAUGCUAGAAAUGUUUGGCUUCCAAGCAGUAAUCGUGGAUUAGCUACUUCCCUUACAUCAGAGUCCGUAGAUUUGAAUGGAUUCACUUCUAGACCUGCUGUGGAAUUAUGCCAUGUAAAUCCUAUCGGAAAUCAUGAACCUCUUCAGCAGCCUCCAUCAAACGAUAAAGGUUUGAAAUGCCCUUGCCCUAAGGAGUCAAUAUUUAGUCCUAAUCCAGGCGCCAAAGACGCAAACUUUCCAUCCAGCUUCACUGCACUCCUUUCUGACUCUUGCAUUGAGACUGAACUAGGUACAGUUAAUUUGAUGGUGGAAAUGAACCAAUUGCAUGAGUGGGUUAAAAUAACACGUAUGAAUAAAACAUCUUUUGUGUUAUUAAAAGUACGAAUGCUGCAGAACUACCAAAAGCACCAGUGAAAAUGAAUAUCGUGUCCGAAAUGGUGGUAUGUUUGCAACCCUGUAGUCUAGUCUCAAUGAUAAUUUUGGCAUGACAUUAUUAUGGUGGCUGUUAUCUUGAGCUGUAUUGGAACAAAUCUACCACUGUAUCAUUGCAUGACUUGGACAGUUCUGUUACACCUCUAAUGAUAAUUCGUAGUUUGCUGCUUUGACCAAAAUUUUUGCGUUUCCUUCAUUUGUCUUUUUGGCAGAGAGACAUGACGGAUUCUUCUUUCCAUGAUAUGUUAACUAAGAUGGAGAUGGCCAUUGAUGACUUGGGAGGGGAUUUGGCGCCAUGAUUUCAUGAUCAUCUAGUUCUGCAUCGAUAGCUGAAGUUUUAACUUCUUCCCUGACUCAAAGGUUUCUAUUUGAUUUAAAUAGCAGCCAACUAUGAUCCCUUUGAUGACAAUUCGGUUUGGUUCUCCAUAUUUUUGUAUUACACUAAGUACUGAAACAGAUAUAGCAAACUGCACUUCUUCAAAAAAAAAAAAGAUAUGGCAAACUGCAGUGCGGAUGCAAUAUUAGCACACUAAAUUUUAAUUGGAGAAAGUCCAGUCUUCUUUAGUCUGUAAUUGAAACAGUAUUUUCACACAUUAGAGUUAAUGCAUACAAAUUGUGC